AUGGAUUUGACGGAGGAAGAUCUUGACAUGAUGAUCAACUGGGACACUAGCUCGUUGGGACUAUUCGAAGAACAACCUCAGGAAACGGCGAUGAACAACUCGGACUCUAGCUCUUCCGGACAAUCAGGGUUUCAACAUCACGAACCCACUGCAAUCCAAACGCCUCCACUUCAAACGGUACCUUCUCGUGUUUUGACGGCUGCCGACUUUGAUAUGAUGAUCAACUUGGGCUCUAGCUUGUUAGGACAGAUUGAAUUUGAACCUCAUAUCCAAAUUCCUUCACUUGAAACGGGAACAUCUCGUGCUUCAACACAAGCCAGCUUGACCAACUUAUCGGGCCCAAUCGAGCCCACAGGGUCUCAACUGAUGGGAAUGGCUGACUCGAGCUUUAGCUCAAUUGGACGAUUGGAACCUUUACUGCCUGGAGCAAUUGUGGUACGGAUGCCUCGAAUACAUACAAGACACGUACUGACUGAGGCCGACUUCGCAGGCAUAAAUGUCUCAGCAAUACUCAGCUUAGGCUCCCGCUUACGACGUCGCCGAUAUGACGGUCUGCAAGAGGAUAAAAUUUCGAAAUACCUCAAGAUCAUUACGAAUAAUAAUAUCGUUGAUGAAAAAACUGUGUGCGCUAUUUGUCUAGACAAUUUUUGUGGAAAGGAUAUGCAGGUUGCAAUAGUGGAUGGGUGUGGGCAUAAGUUUCACGCUUGCUGUCUCAAGAGCAAGGAAGAAAGCAUACCCGUUGAGAACCUUAAAGUCCAAUCUUCAAGAGAAAUACGAUCAGAGGAUCAAAAUGAAACUGGCCAAGUGUAUCUUCAUCCGGUUAAGGGUGACUUACAGGACCCAUCCGCUUCUCACAAAACACUAGAUUUGGCAUCAAGCCUCGAAGUGGGCCCAACAACUAGCAAUAGUGCAAAAAACAAUAGGCUUCCACCUUUGGAGAAUGAUUGCAAGUGGUGGUUGGUGAAAUACAUCUCUGAUGCCACAGACACAUACAAGGGACACAGUUUUCGCCAAGAUCUUUUCAAGAUGUUGAAAGAUUUAAACCCAGGAUUUAUUAGAUUUCCAGGUGGUUGCUUUGUUGAAGGUGAAUGGUUAAGGAAUGCAUUCAGAUGGGAAAAAACUAUCGGCCCAUGGGAAGAAAGGCCGGGCCAUUUUGUUGAUGUUUGGCAUUAUUGGACUGAUGAUGGAUUUGGUCAUCUGGAGUUUCUCCAGCUUGCUGAGGAUUUAUGCGCCGCACCUAUCUGGGUAUUCUGCAAUGGUGUCAGCCACAAUGAUCAAGUCGACACUUCCAAUAUUGCACCAUUUUUACAAAGUGGCCUUGGCAACUGCUGCAAAUAUGUGCAAGAAACUACCUUCAGAGCUGCUGAUUUCGUUAUUGGAGCUGUACCGUUGUUAACAAAUCUCUUACAGUAUCCUGAUGCCAAGGUUUUGGAUGUUGAGUUUGCUGCCCAUGUGCAUGCUGAUGAGUGCUCGUUUUCUUUAUGUUUUCUCCAAUACAACUGCGUUUUUAACGGUAGAUCAGAUCCUUGUGGAGCUGCCCACAUUGCGAUUGGCGAUGUAGGGAACAUAGAAGGAUUAGCACCCAGAUACAAGAAGUCACAGCCUGAGUGGUCAGUCUUCCAGGAGGCUAGCUUUGGCCAUGCUGAGCUCAGAAUCGUGAACUUAACUCAUGCGUAUUGGAGUUGGCACAGAAAUGUUGAUGAUGAACCAGUUAAAUCAGAGAAUUUAAUGAGUCUGAGGGCUUAUGUGUUUGAAUCGGGUGUUUACUCAUUGGUUUAUGAUUAUGUGCCGAUAGGAAGUCUCGAGGAUGUGAUGAAAAGAGUGACCGAAAAUCAGUUGAAGCUUAAAAGAUUACACUAUAACUUGAAGCUCUCGAAUUUGAUCAUGGAUUCCGAGUUCGAGCCAAGGUACACUGAUAAAAGCGACAUUUAUAGCUUUGGGAUGAUAUUGGGUGUUGUAUUAACCGGAAUGGACCCGAACGACACAUCCUUUAGUAACAUGGAAGAAUGUCUUAGCAAAAACGUGAACUCGAGAAGCACUAAACAAGAAUAUCCUGAAUCAAAGAGACCACAGGAAAGCCACCUGAAAGAUGAA